GGCAAAUAAGGCGAGUCGGCGGCUUGUGAGGAGCGAGCGCGCGUGGCCACCGCCGGGCAGGCUCCGCUUUAUUGUUGGGAGGAGGACAGGACGCUGCUUUCCUCUUCUCCACCCGCCACUCCCGGUGGGGCCGCGGAGCGAGACGAGGGGGUCAUGCAGGCGGAAUCGGGCAUUGUGCCGGACUUCGAGGUGGGCGAGGAGUUCCACGAGGAGCCCAAGAUCUACUAUGAGCUGAAAAGUCAGCCGCUGAAAAACAGUUUGGAGCACCCUGGAGCUUCCAAGCCUCCGCUAAGCUCCUCCAAUAUGACAUCACGGAUUUUGCUACGACAGCAGCUCAUGCGUGAGCAAAUGCAGGAGCAAGAACGCCGAGAGCAGCGACAGAAGCAGCAGGCAACUCAGUUCAUGCAGCAGAGAGGGGCUGUGAGUCAGACACCUGCCAUCAACGUCAGCCUCCCCGCCAGCCUCCCUCCUGCGACUCAGGUGCCAAUGGAAGUCCUGAAGGUGCAGACUCACCUGGAAAACCCCACCAAGUACCACAUCCAACAAGCUCAACGGCAACAAGUCAAACAAUACCUUUCAACUACGUUAGCAAAUAAGCACAACAAUCAGGCAUUAAGCUUACCUUGCCCAAAUCAGCCUGUUGACCACGUUAUGCCACCGGGCACUGGAAGCAGUGCACCCAACAGCCCUAUGGCCAUGCUUACAUUGAACUCCUACUGUGAAAAAGAGGGCUUUUAUAAAUUUGAAGAACAAAACAACAGAGCCGAAAAGGAAUGCCAGCCUCUGAAUACACACUCUCGAGUGUCAUGCAUGCAGAUGGAUGAUGUAAUUGAUGACAUAAUCAGUUUGGAAUCAAGUUAUAAUGAAGAAAUAUUUGGUUUAAUGGAUCCUGCCCUACAAAUUGCAAAUACGUUACCUGUCUCUGGCAAUCUAGUGGACCUGUAUGGGAAUCAAGGUUUGCCUCCCCCAGGACUUAACAUCAGCAAUUCCUGUCCUGCUAACCUUCCUAAUAUAAAAAGGGAACUCACAGGACUUGGCCGACUCGUUCCCCAACCUUCUGGAGAAGAUUUUGAGGGUGCAGGGUACACAGGGGUACACGAAAAAGGAGGAAUCUCUUCCUUUCCUGUUCUACUGAUGGAAAAUAUUCUGGCAGAUGGAGGCUUAACUGAAUGCAGCCCAUUAUCCUCAGAAUCAGAGGCAAGAGCUUUGGCCAAAGAAAGACAAAAGAAAGACAAUCACAAUUUAAUUGAAAGAAGACGACGAUUCAAUAUUAAUGAUCGCAUAAAAGAACUCGGUACUUUGAUACCCAAGUCAAAUGACCCAGACAUGCGUUGGAACAAGGGAACUAUUUUAAAAGCCUCUGUGGACUACAUCCGUAAGUUGCAAAGAGAACAGCAACGGACGAAAGAGCUAGAGAACAGACAAAAGAAACUGGAACAUGCUAAUAGACAUCUUUUGCUCAGAAUACAGGAACUUGAGAUGCAGGCUCGAGCUCACGGACUUCCCAUCAUGCCAACCACGGGCCUUUGCUCUCCAGAAAUGGUAAACCGGCUGGUCAAACAAGAGCCCGUGCUUGACAACUGCAGCCAGGAAAUCCUACAGCAACACCACCCUGAGCUUUCUUCCACCACUACUCUUGACCUUACCGACGGCACCAUCACUUUCAACGGCAGCCUGGCGAAUAUGACAGAAUCGGCCACGAGCACUUACGUUGUCCCUCCCAAAAUGGGAUCCAAACUGGAAGAUAUGUUGAUGGAUGACACCCUGUCUCCCGUCGGUGUUACUGAUCCACUCCUAUCGUCGGUCUCCCCUGGGGCUUCGAAAACAAGUAGCCGGCGGAGCAGUGUAAGCAUGGAAGACGCUGACCAGGCUUGUUAGUGGAUACCCUUAGACAGGCCUCUCACAAACUUCUUCAUUUUUCCUGAUCAGUAGUUUAAAGUAACUUUUCUUCUUUCCCCCCUCCCCCCUCCUAAUAUUUGAAUAUAUAAGACUACGGAUAGCUCAGCAUAUGUGACUUUUUUUAAUGUUUGAAAAGACUUGUAUAUUGUUUUAUAACUACAGUGCUUCCAAAGUACAGUACUGUUAUCUGUGAACUAGCUUCAUCAAGGAACUCCAAAUGAUUUCAUCUCUACUCAGAAGCAAUAGACGACUACAAAUCAGUAAGAUCCACUCAAGAGGAAACUUCAGUAUAACUAAGUAAAGUGACUUGGAAGUGAAAUGAAGAAGAAUGUAUAGAAACCAAAAAGAAAAUUAGCUUUGUAUAAACUAUUUUUCUGUGACUUAAUAGUGCCUCCUUUAAAAAAAAAGUAUACAGUAUCUAUUAAUUCAUAUAAUCUUUCUCAUGGCGAUAGAUACUAUACAUGUAUCAGGUUACCUGUACAGAAACUAACUGAUUUUAAGUACAGCUCAAGCUAGAUUUAAUGCAAAGGAGAGAGAUCUAAAGAUUCAGUGAUAUUAUUACCCAUUGAGUGAGCACUCUUCAACAUUAUGUCUCACCUUUUCAAAAAGCAUUAUUUUUUAAUAAUCAUGAGGACAUUAUUAAAAACAAAAAUACUGCACAAGACUUCAUAACACAGACUUUUUCUGUCAGUGGGGCAUAAUUAUUUCCUCUUUUUUAAAAAAAAUAUGUGAUAAAAAUAUCAGAUUUAGAUGAAAAUUUCAAUUGUUUGAUUCAACAUUUCAUUCUGAUUACAUUUUUUAUAAAAAAAAAUGCAUCUAGCCAUUGCAUCAAGUUUUUGACAGUUAAAAGUCCUGCCUUAUGCACAAAGCCAGGUGGGUGACCUUGGGCCAGUUACUCUCUCUUAGCCCUAGCUAAACAGGCAAGGGCAAAUCACUUCCAAAAUCUUGCCAAGAAAAUUCCAGGCAGUUGCCAGGAAUCAAAUACUGACUGGAAGGCGUACACACAAACCCCACUGAAUGGAUUGUUUUUCAUUUUUUUUAAUGCACAUUUCAGUAUAAGCUUUGGUGCAGGUACCUGUCUUUUCACGAGUGGAUUUGUGGCUAUUUUGUAUAUAUUACAGUCUUCUUUUAAAGGAAUGCUUUGACACAGACCGUUUAAAUAGUAACGCAGAUUUAAUCUAGUUAAUAAAGCAGAGCGCAGAAUAAAACAAAAAGUCUGUGGGUGGGGGAAACUCCAACAUGUUCCUUUUUUUUUUUUUUUUAGUGAGAAUAAUAUUGUUGAAAAUAAGGUUGCUAUGUUCUUUCAUACCGUAUUACCCUUUUCAGCAAACAUGUUGGGAAAAAAAAUUACUGUAUCUUCAGGUGACUGUGUCUUGAGCCCAACAAUGUUAGAUUUAACCAUGCAACAGUGUUAUUGUAAGAGCAUGUUCUGUGCAUUAUCUACUCUGGUGUAGGCCUAUGCAAUAACAGUAGUGGCGCCUGUACCCUAACCCUAACCUUGCCUAAUUAUUUUAUACAGAGGUUGUAUCAUCUAACCAGCUGAGAAAGAGAUAAGCUUCCACCAUAGCAUGGAAUCCUAUCUCCUGGAGAAUGAAGUGCCUUAAAUUUAGCUGUAACCUUUAUGAACUAUGACUGAAGUGUGAUGUAGGAGAAAUUGAGAGGAGGGAGGGAAUCACAAUGGGGGUUAGUUGUUGGGCUUCUCAUGAAACAAAGAGUUUCUGAUCCUCCCACAGUCGUAAAGUUUUUGACUCCUGUGUCUGGAUCUGCUUUGUUUAUACAUAUUCAGGAAGUCUGGGCUACUGGGUCAGAGAUAAGCCUUCAGAAUGCUAGUGAGAAAGGCUGAUCAAGUCGUGGUAAAAUAAGGAUCCACAAUCAUGAACUGCCAUGCACUUUUUGCUUUAUGAAACCUCCUUGAAACCACUCAGGCCACUACUCUCUUAAGUCGAGUUGCACAGUGGAAGUGGGGGGCGGGGGGGGGGCUUGAACCCGUUUUCAGCUUUGCUGAUCUCUUAGAGGCAGAGAAGAUGACUUGAAGUAAAGACUUUUUUCUUUUAACCUCAACGUAUUUUUUUUCCAGCUCAUCAAUGACUCAGUUUGCUCCAAACUGGGCUACCUGAAUGCUGAUAAUACUUAAGAAUGUUUGUAUCCAUAAGACAGGAGUAGAAAUUUGAAUGCUUUUAUUGCUAAGGAACCUUAAUCAGCUCAGUAUUUUUUUUUUUUUUUGCAAGUUAACAAGGUUGCAAAACAGUAUAGUCUGGAAAUGUGUAUUCAGCCCAUGCUCAGCAGGAACCUCAAGUUCAAUAGCCAAGAAACAGUCUGUUGUUACCAUACAUCUACUUUCUCUAAACUGAUGCCCACCACAGAUGUUCCUAGACAGUAUUUGGAGGCAGUAGGUUGCAUGAAACUGCCAUGUACUAUCUAACUGUAGUUAGCAUUUUGUUGUGGAAUGGACUGUUGAUAUUUUUGUUUUUAUAAUUAUUUUUAAGUGUCUCUUGACUUUGGGAGAUAAUGCUGUUUAAAGCUUUACCAAGCAGGCCAUAGCUUGAUCUUAAGUGAUGCCAUUGGCUUGUAUUAUAAGGUACCCCCCAGUUUUUUGUUUUUUUUAAAGUGAAUAAAGAGCUGGAUCUGGGCAUGCUUUGCAGGAGUCAGCUUUCUUGAUACGACAUUUUCUCUCCUUUUAACUUCAAUACAAACAGUGUAGAUUAUGCAUAUUAAACCUACUUAUUUGCUUCUUUUUGCACAACCCAUUUCAUUUAAUGUUGGAAUGUCCAUCAUGGCAGAUCCAAUGAAGGUCUAAGCUGUUUUCAGUGCACACAAGGGUGGGGGAUUAAGGUGACGGCCGGGAGAAGAAGGAUGGAGUUUGUAAUCUACUCUCUGAAUUCUGUGGGUUGUUUUUUUUUUAAAUCAGGCAUUAUUUUUAUGGGGUUUCAAAUCUGCCUUUGCACACUAAGGACUAGAAAUGUCCUUAAUUCUUCUGGAGGGAGAAAACACAACCUAAGAAUUUUUUAAUAACAGAAAUUCUGCUCCAAUGUCAACUUUUGUGGGUGAAAUGUAACAUAAACGUAGGCUCCAUGGUGAAACGUGGCUGCUUUUUAAGAAAAGCCAUUCGGCUGAAUUCUCUUUUGUAGUAUUUUGAAUCAAGAAACAGACCCUUAGACCAGAGGUAGUAUUCAGCAGGUUCUGACCAGUUCUGGAGAACCGGUAGCGGAAAUUUUGAGUAGUUUGGAGAACCAACAAAUACCAUCUCUGACUGGAGAUUUUACAGUAUCCUUCCCCUGCCACGCUCACCAAGCCACAGAACCAGUAGUAAAAAAAAUGUGAAUCCAACCACUGCCUUAGCCCUAAAUAAAAUAUAACUGUGCCGUCACUGAAUUUAGAGCAUCUCACAGCUUAGUGGAAAUACAGUCUAUCAUCCUGGACCUCCUUAGAUGAAAUUUUUGCAUUCCACAAUUCCUGUUUGUAUGUUGUUCAGAAUACAGGCUUUUUUCUCAUUUUGCAGUCUGCAACACGGCACAUUUGCCUUUUUCUCACUAGCUAUUCACUAUUUUUCUUUGAAUUUCCCCUUCAACGUGCUUACCUUGGAGUUUUCCUAUUGCCCGUUUGUAGUUCAUAUAAAUCAAAUCUAGCAGACUGGUGCCAAACUUUGCAAAUGCAACAUAUGGCUCCAGAGGAUUUUUUUUUUUUUUUUUGGUCCAUCAUCAUCAUCUCGAACCCAAGUCCACAAUCUGAUUAGGCUUUCAGUAUGUGUUGCGUUUUUAAAAGAGAGAUGUCAGGGCCAUCAGAUACGUGGUAGAGCAUUAGACUCUAUUGAAUCUCAGAGUGCAAGGAUUGCAUGAACCCAGAUGAGAAAAAUAGAAGAAAAUCCUGAAGUGGGCUAUUCGGACAUGGAGUUCAAUUUUAUUUUUGCUAAAAUCACUAAAGACUUGUUAGUGUCAUGAGCAGCUUCCUUACUACUUUUAAACAGUUAUAAAAAGCAAUACUAACUCUUUUGCCUAUAAAGCCUUUAGGAGAAAAGAAACAAACAACAAAGCACAAAAUAAUGCACUUAUCACAUGGUUGGACACAAAAUGCACUGGUGAAAAAAAGAAAUUGAUGGUAGAAAAGGCCUCUGUAUCUUGAAAAAGUGAUAUGAAUUACUGCCUUUAGUUCUGGAUGUUUAGUACCAUACUGUUAAUCUUUUCAUCUGCUGUUGGCCGCAGCAAUAAGUUGUGUAUGAUCCAUCGCACUGUAAAUUAUGGGUCAAGUUAAUGUAAGCCAAUUAAAUAAUUUGAACUGUUCCUAAUAGACGAAUUAAAGUGUUUUUUUAAUGUAAUGAUUUCAUAAUUCAUGUAGAGUGCGAUUGAACGAUCUGUUUUAAACCAAAGAAUGACUUCUGGUGUUAACUUGUGAAUCUGAAUAACAAAGAAUACC